CCCCAAUAUCAACCACCUCAUCAUCAUCAUAUUGUCCAGCCCUAGCUUGAACAGCAACUCACCAUACACACAGAACACGAAUUAUUUUUCAUAUGUACCUAGCUAAUUAGCUAGUACCACUAUCACAGCUCACACACACAAGACACACAGACCCACAGACCCAAGAAACCAAGAAAAGCAGUAAGCCAUGGGGGUGGAGAUCCUGAGCUGCACGGCGGAGCACUCCUCCCAGUACUCGUCCGGCGCAUCCACGGCCACAACGGAGUCCGGUGCCACGCGUCCACCCACGGUACCGAGCUUUCCCGUCGCCGUCACCGACGAGGCCGUGACCUCGCGGCCGGCGUCGGCGCAGUCGUCGUCGUCGUCGCGGUUCAAGGGCGUGGUGCCGCAGCCCAACGGGCGGUGGGGCGCGCAGAUCUACGAGCGCCACGCGCGCGUCUGGCUCGGUACGUUCCCCGACGAAGACACCGCCGCGCGCGCCUACGACGUGGCCGCGCUUCGGUACCGCGGCCGCGAGGCCGCCACCAACUACCCCUGCGCGGCCGAGGCGGCGGAGCUCGCUUUCCUGGCGGCGCACUCAAAGGUCGAGAUCGUCGACAUGCUCCGCAAGCACACCUACGCGGACGAGCUCCGGCAGGGCCUGCGCCGCGGCCGCGGCAUGGGCGCGCGCGCGCAGCCGACGCCGGCGUGGGCGCGGGAGCCCCUCUUCGAGAAGGCCGUGACCCCGAGCGAUGUCGGCAAGCUCAACCGCCUCGUGGUCCCCAAGCAGCACGCCGAGAAGCACUUCCCGCUGAAGCGCUCGCCGGAGACGACCACCACCACCACCGGGAAGGGCGUGCUGCUCAACUUCGAGGACGGCGAGGGGAAGGUGUGGAGGUUCCGGUACUCGUACUGGAACAGCAGCCAGAGCUACGUGCUCACCAAGGGCUGGAGCCGCUUCGUCCGGGAGAAGGGCCUCGGCGCCGGCGAUGCCAUCGUCUUCUCCUGCUCGGCUUACGGGCCGGAGAAGCAGUUCUUCAUCGACUGCAAGAAGACCACGCCGAUGGCCAGCCGCACGGCAUCGCCAUCGGUGUCCCCUCCACUGGAGGGGACGGCGAAAGUGGAACAAGUCCGUGUGGUGAGGCUGUUCGGCGUCGACAUUGCCGGAGCGAAGCGGGGGCGACCGGCGGAGCAAGGGCCGCAGGAGUUGUUCAAGAGGCAAUGCAUGGAGCACGGCCAGCGCUCUCCUGCCCUAGGUGCCCUCGUCUUAUAGCAUCUGCACAUACACCCUCUUCUUGAUGUUGUUGUUGUUGUCACACGAUAUAUGUUGAUUUGUUCGUGGAAUAGAGUAAUUAUGUCCCUCAAUUUUGCAUAGAACCCAGCUUUAAGGAAGAUUGCAGAACUGAGAUGUAUGUAAUUAUGUGUGUUUUGUGUAAACCAUUAGGGGUUCUAGGCGCUAGAGAUCAUAAUAAUCCUAAGAUCUUGGGUAUCUAUAUGUGCUACCAUUACAUGAAUAAUGAAGUUCCACUUUGCCAA